AUGCGGAAAGCGCACGAUGCCGCUGAGCCGCAAUACAGUCCAAUCAAACGGAUAAGGGUUCCUUUGGCUGAUGUUAAACCAAUCAUCAAAAAGAAUGCCAGAAAUUUGGACGAUUCAGGGUUCAGCGAUUGCUCCAUUAGCAAGUAUAAGGUCCAUUCGACUCCAGAGCAUAUGCAAUGGCCUAGUCCAGGAGCAGAUAACAGCCGAGCGCCGGCUAAGAGAUCUUACAGAGCCUCAGUAUGUUACUCAAAUCUAUUUUAACGCACAACUAAAACCUUUUUUUCAGCUAAGUCCUCAGAAGCCCAUUGUUUUGCCACUGGCAUUACACGGAAUGAAUCAAUUUGGAUCACCCACAAAACUUUGGGAAAGUUUGUGCGAAUCCGCUGAUGAGAAGAAAACUCCCCAAUAUGCCCGAGAUUACCAUGUCAUAGAUAAUGAUCCUAGUCUUCAAGACAUUCGAAUUACAAUCUAUGAGAACAUACUAAAGGUACGAUUAAGGCAAGCCAUAAGAAUAUUUGUUUAUAGCUGUGUUCUCAACUAAAUCUUCAUCGAGAAACCUUUCAUUUGGCAAUGGACCUUGUCGAUCGGUACAUCACUCGCUCCACAUUCAAAGAAAAUCUGCUCGAAAGAUGUGGUUUAAUCGGAAUGGCAUCCCUCCACAUUGCCGGGAAGGUCGAAGAAUUUCGAACCCCAUCUCCCAAACUUAUGCUCCACUUUUGUCGAGAGAACAACUCCCUUUGGCAAUACUUUACCGGAGAGCAAAUACUAAAAAUGGAAGAGGAAUUAUUGAGCAGAUUAGAUUAUCAUUGCACACCAAUGACAGCGAUUCAAUGGCUCGCCUUCUUUCUCCAACUAAUUGCUAUUGAAGGUAAGCCAACUUGAUCAAUAUUAUGCGAGGUUUAGAGGAGAUUUGUGCCCCAAGACCGAAGAGGAGAUCCUUGAGUCCAAAUGGAGCCAGUUCUAGUCAACAUUUCACACAAGACUCAGGUUUUUCGGACUUAUCGACGUCCCCUUUAGUUGACAAAUUCGAUAAUCAUUUCGAAGUUCACAAAACCAAAACGAGACAGUUCGCUGUGCCCGUUUUUAUGCGUCAUGAGUUCAUCAAACUGGCUGAGGUAAAAUUUCAAACAAACUUUCGUCAACCAACAUAUUCCACCUGAAGAAAACGAUUUUUUUCAGGUUUUGGACAUCAGUUUGAUCGAUAAAGAAUGGUUGCAUUAUAGUUAUCGACAACUUGCCGCCGCAGUGAUUUUUACGAGUUUUGAGGAUGUCAAGAUGACCGAAGAAAUUACUGGUAUGUCAAGAUUACCAUAUAAAGACUUCAUACAUUUAAAGAUCCACCAAAACUCAUUUCUCCAUCAAAUUCCAGGUUUCUCUUCCUUACAAAUCCAGUCGACGCUCAAUUUCAUCCAGCCCUACUAUCAAACGUUGAUCCCGCAAUUCUACAAUACCUCCAUUAUGGCUCCGAAUGAGCAACAUAUCAGCCACAAACCGAAAAUCCAAGUUUUCAACAGCAGUUCUCCUUCAAAGAAGGAAUACUACGACAAACACAACAUCCAGCCGCCUCACGACAAUGCUCUAGAUGUCAUGGAAGUUGUGGAAAUUACAAGAAAGGCAGCAAGUCAUGAAAACAAUGGGAAUAACAACAAGAAGAACCUAUUUGGGAAAGCGACAACUCCACGGAAAAUUUUGAGCCCACUGAAGAUGAACUAA